ACCAUGAACGCACAUCCAUCGCAUUUCGAACAGGAAGCACGGAUCUGGUGACCACACGGUAAAAGUUUAGAAACUGUCGGAAUGUUGAUAUUCAUCGUACAUAAAUAUAUCUACGUGUAAGUCAAUUACAGCCUGAAGUCUGGAACGCAUAGACAUCACCAGACGCUGGGUUUCAUCCCUGGUGAUGCUCUGCCAGGUCUCUACUGCAACUGUCUUCAGUUCCUGCUUGUUCUUGGGGCAUUUUCCCUUCAGUUUUGUCUUCAGCAAGUGAAAUGCAUGCUCAAUCGGAUUCAGAAAUAUUUUAAGAAGACACCCUGUACUCUGAUUUUAGUCUGCUGGAAAGAAGACUGCUGGGAAGCUACUGGGAUUUCUGGGAAGAGCUUUCAUCUCAGAUCAUUUACACUUGAAUGAAAUGUCACCGUCUGGUUCUCAUGACACUAAACGCCGUCAAAGACGGAUGGGUGCAAAAAAUGGCAAUGAGAGAAAUCACCUCUGCUCAAUGUGUGGGAAAAGUUUCACACGAAAAAGUACUCUCAAUGUACACAAACGGAUUCACACUGGAGAAAAACCUUAUCAGUGCACAGACUGCGGGAUGCGGUUUAAUAAUAAAAAAAGUCACGAACUCCAUCGCCGCAUUCACACAGGAGAAAAACCGUAUAAGUGCACAGAGUGUGGGAAGAGUUUUAUACAACUAUCUGCUUUUAAAGAACACCAGCGGGUUCACACAGGAGAAAAACCGUAUCAGUGUACAGAGUGUGGGAGGUGUUUUUCACAGCUGAAUACUCUCAAAGUCCAUCAGCGUGUUCACACAGGAGAGAAGCCAUAUUGGUGCUCAGAGUGUGGGAGGUGUUUUUCAGACCAGAGAAGUCUCAAGGCCCACCAGGUCAUUCAUACAGGAGAGAAGCAACAUCAUUGCACAGAAUGUGGAAAGAGUUUUACAGAGCAGAGAGGUCUCAAAGCCCAUUUGCGCAUUCACACAGGAGAGAAGCCGUAUCAGUGCACGGAGUGCGGGAUGAGUUUUACGUUACGUGGUGUUUUUAAAAUCCACCAGCGCAUUCACACAAGAGAGAAGCCGUAUCAGUGCACGGAGUGCGGGAAGAGUUUUACACACAAAAGUGUUUUUAAAACCCACCAGCGUAUUCACACAGGAGAGAAGCCCUAUCAGUGCAACGAGUGUGGGAAGAGUUUUACACACAAUAAUGCUUUUAAAACCCACCAGCGUAUUCACACAGGAGAGAAGCCGUAUCAGUGCAACGAGUGUGGAAAGAGUUUUACACAACAAGGAGCUUUUAAAGUCCACCAGCGCGUUCACACAGGAGAGAAGCCGUAUCACUGCACGGUGUGUGGAAUGAGUUUUGCAUAUAAAAAUGUUUUUAGAGCCCACCAACACAUUCACACAGGAGAGAAGCCAUAUCAUUGCACGGAAUGUGGGAUGAGUUUUAUAUAUAAAAACGUUUUUAAAACCCACCAGCGCAUUCACACCGGAGAGAAGCUGUAUUACUGCACACAAUGUGGGAAAAGUUUUUCAAAUCUGUUGAAUUACAGAAAACACGAGCGAAUUCACACAGGAGAGAAGCCUUAUAACUGCUCCCAGUGUGGAAAGACUUUUACUCGAAAUAGUCAUCUUAAAAGACAUCAGCUCACUCACACAAAAGACAAGACCCCAUUGUGAUCACAUAGUGGAAAAGGUUUUAAACAACAAACUGAUGGGAUUACUAAAUUAGUGAGUCUAAUUUGAUUAGCGCUAGCGAUUAUUACUGAUUAUACUGAAUAUAUCUCGGCACGCCCAGCUGUCUGUGACUUUGGAAUGAUGGUGGGAUAUCAUUUGUUUAUACCGCAUCGAAACCCAUGAUAUUUUUUUUCUGUUUGCUGAGCAAAGACUCUCUGUAACAAACUUGUCAAGCCAUCAGUAAAAACAUUUACCUGUUUGUAUACCAGUAGGUAUUGAAAAGGUUUAUGCAUUCAUCUUUGUGGAUGUGACACACAAUUAUUUACAUGAUUAUUCCUAAAUCAGACUUAAACUUGUGAAAUUAGGGAUGUCAUAAACCUGGUCUGUUCACACUACAAUUUGAAACUUUGCAGCAGAAACUGAUUCUGAAAUAACUUGUCUUUCUUCUACUGUCUUUCUACUGUUUCAGUGGAUAAUCUGACCUAGACAGAAGAUUUUCACAUAUCAACUGUUGACAUAAUCAAAAAUAAUGUCAUGUUUUAUACCAGAACUGCUUAUAUUGAGUAGAAAUCUAGUACUUUCUACUGUCUUUAAAAAGUGUAAUGUAAUUAGUCCGCACUCUCAACUGUAACCUAGAAAAGGAGGUAUUUUCUUUAAAAAAAAAAAAAAUGCUCUUAAUGUUUUGUUCUUGUUGGCAAGUCACCAUGUAGAUUGUCCUUGAUGUUUAGAGAGCAUCGUGAAAACCUCCUAGUUUUCUAUCAUGAACUAUGAAUAUUGAGAAGCACCCUCUACAUAUGAUUCAAAUAAACACUACAUAGCAUGACUGAGUUCUAGUGUGAAGUGUGUAAUGUUGGAUAAGUUUCACAUUGUCCUCCACUGUUUAUAAAAAAACAUGUUCUUUGUAAAUUAAAAGUUUUAAUCAACAUUCUGCAAAUAAGCUGCAGUAGAUAGUAUUGUUUAUCCAAGGUCCCUGGUUCAAUCAGGAGUUUGGGGUUUUCUGUGUUCUUUAAUCAUUAAAUUAUAUUAAACAAUAUGUUUUUACAUUA